AUCAUUAAUAACAGCAAUAGCACACACAUACACACCCUUAUGUAAAAGUGUGUGCCAGGCACCAUCUCAGUGCUUUACAUGUAUUACUUCAAUUAAUCCUCAGAACAAUAGUAGAUACUAUUUCAGUUUUACAGUUUUUUUUUUAAACUGAGGCACAGAGAGGCUAAGUAACUAGCCCAAGGUCACACAGCUAGUAAAAUGUAGAACUAGGGUUGAACCCAAACAGUCUUGCUUCAGAGCACACACACUUUACCACUACACUACUUACUGCCUUUAUGAUUCUCUGUUCAUAAUUGUUCCCCACCCUACUGCCUGCAGUCCUCCUUAAUCACCUCACUUUCCCCUCUGCCCCUACCAUAACUGGGACCCAAAGAAAAUCCCAUAACAGUGCUAGGUCACUAGGGAGUAGACAGACUGAGGGUCUUCUUUAGGUAAGCAGAGAGACUUGCCACCAUCAUCAACUUUUCUCAGUCAGGGAAGGCUGGACUCUGGAUUUUGCUGAGCUGACACUGUUUGAACUCACAAAUCCCUUGCCUUUCUUCCAAGGUGAGAUAUGAGCUGGAGAGCGGGGGAUGGAGAGCAGCAGAACUAUGGUUGCCCCCUCAGACCCUUUUCUUGUGCUGAAACCAUGUAGACCAAAACAGUAGUCAGCACUGAUCACCAUAGGUACUGCUAGAUUGUUAGGUAUAAACCAAAUUCUGGGUACCAUCUCAUCAAUGCCUUGCAGGUAUGAUACCAUUUCUUACCUAAGAUCUGGAGCAAUUUCAGAGUAACUCUUUGCCCCUGCUCACACUGUGCCUAAGAACUCUGAUGAACCAGCCAUGCCAUACUGGUUCCUCCAAAGCAGGCUUCCUGAUGGUAUGGGGGAAAAGCAUCAGGGCUCAUCAGAGCUCUGCUUUCAGUGCUGCACCGUGGCUUUGGAGAAGCCCCUGCUUCUACUUUCACCCCUUUACAGCUCUCACAGCACAUUCCCAGACUUGAGGGAGGGAGGCUUCCAAGUUAUUAGAAUUAGGGUAUGUUUAUGUGUGUGGGGGUGGGUGCAUGAUGAAAAGGACAGAUGUCUCUUUAUGUCACAUUCCAUCAUGUCUAGGGGGGAGGCAAGGACUUUUAAAACCUUAGGGCUCUGGUGGGAACUGGGUGGAAGGAAGCAACCUCAAGCAAAGAGCCAUCGGUGCAGCUGUCGCCGGGCCCCUCCUCGACAGCUCAUGGACUUCCAGGCCAGCCACUGGGCCCGCGGGCCCCAGAUCCGCACGUGUGGGCCGCGCCCGGGAUCCCCUGAGCCGCCACACCGCCGGCCCUGGGCCUCCAGGGUGCUGCAGGAGGCGACCAACUGGCGGGCGGGGCCCCCGGCCGAGGCCCGAGCCCGGGAGCAAGAGAAAAGGAAAGCUGCAUCGCAGGAGCGGGAGGCCAAGGAGACCGAGCGAAAAAGGCGCAAGGCUGGUGGGGCCCGAAGGAGUCCCCCUGGUCGGUCCCGUCCGGAGCCUCGGAACCCCCCUCGGGUGGCCCAGCCUGCGGGGCUCCCAGCUCCCUCACGGCCGGAGCGCCUGGGGUCUGUGGGGCGACCGUCCCGUCCAUCCGCGCAGCCGCAAUGCAACCCAGGGGCGGCGUGGGCGGGGCCCUGGGGAGGUCGGCGGCCAGCGCCCCCGAGUUACGAGGCUCACCUGCUGCUGAGAGGCGCUGCCGGGAUGGCCUCGCGACGCCGCUGGGACCGGCCGCCACCCUACGUGGCUCCACCUUCUUACGAAGGCCCCCACAGGACUCUGGGGACUAAGCGAGGCCCCGAGCCCUCCCAGGCGCCCGCCUCUUCAGCCCCUGCACCAGCCAGGACAGAGGGAGGAUGCACAAAGAAGAGGCUGGAUCCUCGAAUCUACCGGGAUGUCCUUGGGGCCUGGGGUCUCCGACAGGGGCGGGGUCUCUUGGGGGGAUCCCCAGGCUGUGGAACAGCCAGGCCAAGGCAGGAGUCCGGUAAGGGGGCCGCGGAGAAAAGCCUGAGGCUGGCAGCUGCUGGCCUAAAGAGUGGUAGCGACGACCAUCCAAAAGCCAAAGCUUCUGGGAGCUCAGGCACUGAGACAGUACAUGCGGGGUCUGCAACAGCAACUUCCAGCCCCCCGCAUCCGGCUCCCAGGUCCAGGCCCCAUUCCAAGGGCUCCGGGGAAGGGAGAGAAGGUAGAAAACAGAGCUGGCUUCCCAAAAGUUGGGUUCCUUCCGUUAAGAAGCAGCCGCCCCGACAUAGUCAAACCCUCCCCAGACCCUGGGCUCCAGGAGGCACGGGAUGGAGAGAGUCCCUGGGUAAUAGAGAGGAGGCUGGACCUGAGACCUUGGAGGGAUGGAAGGCGACCCGCCGCCCCCACACCCUGCCCCGAAGUUCCCGCGGCCCUGCUCAUGGGGAAGGCGUCUUUGUCAUUGACGCCACAUGCGUGGUGAUAAGAUCCCAGUAUGUUCCGACCCCUCGAACCCAGCAUGUGCAACUUUUGCCCGCUGGGGUGCCGCGCGUUGUGGGGGAUACCCCCAGCCAACCGAAGCCCAACAAGGAGGAGGGCGAGGAGGCGGCCGUCUUUCCCUCCCCUUGCCAAAAGCUGCUGUUGAGCAGUAGCCUUUCACACCAGCCAGGUGGGGGACGCAGGUUCGAAGCUGAGGGAGGGAAGCCCUCGGACUCCUCGUUGGAGGAGCGCGCCUCCCGCAUCUUGGGGCUCCCGGUCGGCGAAGUAAACCUGCAGGACGCCCCCACGCUGCCAGGUAGCCCAGAGCACUCAGCCUUAGGCCCAGCGGUUUCGCAAGGCGCUGGCAGUGCCGAGGGCUCGGAGGAAGUGGCUGCAGUGCCGCGGCGCGCGGGCGGGGGCUGGGCGCGGACCCCGGGGCCCUACGCCGGGGCUCUGCGGGAAGCUGUGUACCGUAUCCGCCGCCACACCGCCCCGGACUCGGACUCGGACGAAGCUGCGGAGCUCAGCGUCCACAGCGGCUCUUCUGAUGGAAGCGACACAGAGCCCCCGGGCGCCGCCUGGCGGAAUGAGCGGAUCGGGCCCCAGGAAGGCGGGAAGACAGAGCUGAGUGACAAUAUCCGAGAUAGGCUAGAUGUCAUCAGCCGAACAGAGGAGGUCCUCUUCGGGGCGAGGGACACUAAGGGGACCCCACAGGGAAACAGGGAGAGACAGUGAGGGGCCCUUGAUUAUAUUUGUGUUCCCCGGCACAUCCAUCCUCGGGCCCACUGGUCCCCUUUCUUCCUUACAGACUUCCUUGUACCCCUUAUCUAUAUCCAUUCCCAUACUUGAAAUAGAAGCUGCACAGAUGAAAGGAAAGGGAGCACAGGUGGAUUCGUGGUUUCAGUUUUUUGUUUGUUUGCUUGUUUCAGGAGACGUGAGGGUGAACAGUAGACCUUAAUUCUUGCUCCAUUCAGGGCACUCGGGCAAGGUUUUCAGCGGGGCCUGUGCACUAGGCAUGGAGCUGAGCAGAGAGGCCUCACCAGGAUCAGGCAGGAGGGCAGGGAUGGGAUAGUCAUAAGAGGGCAACGUCAGGGCAGGGCCUCUGGGCAGAAGGGAGAAAGUGAUGGAGAGGCUUCCAACGGAGGUGACUAGGUGACAGAGAGGCCCUUGGCAGAAGCGGAAGGGCUAUUGGCAAAAACCACCAGCAAAGCAGGAAGAGAACUCACUUUGGUGUCACAGAUCUUGGAUUCCAAUCCCGGCUCUGACACUGAUUUGCUGGGUGACCUUAGGCAAAUCUCUUCCCCUCUCCAGGCCUCAUAAUAUAUAAAAUGAGGGAGUUGUAAGGUCCAUCUCUAAUGUUUUGAAGUGUUUGGGGAGGCUUUUAUCUCAUCCUCCCCUCCACGAGCCAGUUAGGAGUAAGUGAACUAAUUCUAGGUGGCUUGAUUGUCACCUGCACUCAUUCUCAAUUUAAAAGACUGUGCAAAGUUUGCAGAGGGUCUGAGUAAGUGAACAAGGGCUCCUAUUCCAGUCUCUCGGGUGAGGGAUGCCCAAGGCAUAGCAGGAUGGUGGCUUUGUGACUAUCCCUAGCUUGUGGUGGUCUGAGCUGGGGAGGAAAGUUCGCCAGUGAAUCAGCUUGGGAGCUCUUUAGGCCUUCCCCUUUGCAUCCUCCCCAGUGUUCCUGAGUGAUGCUCUGAAUAGUUACCACGACUUCCAACCCAGGUGGUAUCACCCAUUUGAAAGAACCCUGGAAAUUUCUUGCAUGUCUGCCUCUUCCAGAAAUCAGCCAGGAAAGGAAGAGGAGGGAGGCUGGUCCCCAGAAUCCUGUAGGUGUGGGGUGUGAUACUCGCUGUAGCCACUACGGGGCGCGCGCAGGUCGCGGAUUUCCCUGGUAGCUAGUCCGCGAGUCCCUCCAACCCCGGCACUGCCGGUUAAUCAAUUGGUCCCUAAUCACUGCGCGCGGGUCCUCCGCCUUGCCGCCUCCAGCGGUAUGAGAUGGAGAGCAAGCCUCCGGCCUUGCAGACCUGUGAAGCGCGCCGAGCCCCUCUUUGUACUCAUCCACGCCAACGGGCUUGGAACCCUGACCUUGAAGUCUUUUUUUCUCUCCGAUCUCGGACACCUCUGUUUCUAUUUACUAGCCAUGUGAACUUGGCAAACCACUUCACCUCCCUGAGCCUCAGUUUCCUCAGCUGUCAAAUGGGGGUUUAUAAACACCUACCUCGCAGGGUUGUUGUGAGGAUUUAAUGCGAUAAUGUAUGUAAAGCGCCUUGCGUAGUGCCUGGCACGCAAUAGGCGCUCAAUAAAUCUAAGCUUCCCUUUGUCCAA